GCAGAAGCCUUGGCACGACUCUUCACUGGAAGGUGCGAGCGGGGCUAAGGGCGUGCAGCUCGCGGGCAAGGGAGUUUUGCUCGUGAACUUUGCGAUUCAAACGGCUGUCGCCUUCGACGUGGACGAUGCAAAGAUCAUCCGCAUAUCGAAGGUCGAUGAGAUCACUUUCCUUUGGAACACUUUGCUGAUG